AGCUAAUUCAGUCCAUUCACGGUAGUACCUCCGUAAACCCGCUCGGCGAUUCACCUCGAUCGGGCACGCGAGUUUUCCGCGUCUUCGAUCCGAUCGCAACGUAUCCCUUCGCGACAGCAGACGCGGCUUGUCGUGCGCGCUUGCGAACUGUGUGACACGGGUCGAUUUAUUUAACCCUUUGAUUAUCAGGGGCGGCUAUGUACACGCAUGCCGGAGCACGCGCGGCUCGUCUCGUUUGUCGGUGUGAAUGAAUUGUAAAUUAAUUCCGACGAUGUGUCGUUGCUCCCCCGUUCAGGAGAAGUUUCGUUCUCGCCUUCGUGUUGUCUUCGGGAAUUAUAACGGCAUGAAAGAUAUAAACGUGUAACUGUUAACGAAUGAUUCGCUUGCUGUCGAUGUAACGUCAAUCCGCAAUGUGUUCUGUACGAAUCUAACUCCAAUUAGAAAUUAUCAACUCCAAUUAGAAUCAUCUCCAAUUAGAAAUUAUAUCAAGUAAUCAGAGAGAUAUCAUGAGAGUAAAGAAGAAGAAGAAUAACGUCUCCGACGGCAUCUUAUAAACACGAUUCUACAAAGUGAAUAAAAUUUAACACACUAUGCGCGAGAAUGCGGACAUACAGUAAAUUAAGAAGUAUGUUCGCCUGCAUUCAAGGCUGAGCCUUGUAAAGGAUGUCAAGUGACUCAACGGUGCAAUUUAUCGAAUAUAAAGUGUAAUCCUCCGCAGUGAAAAUGUGUCUUGACUGCGUUGUCAGCGUCACGGGUGCUACAAGAUUUGUUAACAAAUACAUGUUAAUGGUCCACAAAAGCGACUCGACAUGAAUUCAUCGCGGAAAUCGAGGGGAAGAGACGAGCCGUCGCGACUCCUCGUGUUAAUGUCAUUAAUCAUCGCUAGCGCUCGUUCAUGCGGCGCCGAGUCGAGCGGCGAGUAUCUUCAGAAAGCGAUGAUCGAGCUUCAGGAAUUAAAUGUGCCGUCCAACUUGGCGAUGCACGAUCGCCUGUCGAUGAACCUCGAUUACCACGCGGGUUAUCAGAACGAUCGCGCUCAGUACAAUACGUAUCGCAAACUCAGCACCAACAAUGCCUAUCAACACUCCCAUCCGAAUAUACAGAAGUCCACUGCGAGUCUACCUGUCGAACACGCGGAUGUAGCUCAGUCAGCCUCGAACAAUAUAGCUCAAUAUUACGCGGUACGCGAGCCACCAGCCGCCGCUUCCGCUGCCGCCGCUUCCGCUGCCGCCGCCGCCGCCGCUGCCGCUGCCGCCGCCGCGAAUUAUCCCAAGGUGCAACAGCAACAGCAGCCGCAGCAGCCGUUGUCGUUUACACGAGCGGAACUCGCGGCAUUGUAUAAGAAAGCCCUGGAAAGAGGGUCAGCGAUCAGCCUGUCGUCGUUGGCACAAGCGUUGAACGCCGCGGGCGGAGGCAACGCACCGCAAGUCAGCACUCACCUGCGACUGCCGCUUAAAUACCCGAUGUACAACUACUACUUCUUCCCGCUGAAGAACUUCGCGUCCGAGUUGCAGAGAGAUCACCAGGCCGCCAUGAUUGGUCCAAUAUACGCGGCUACGGAAAACAUAGAGAACCCGGAAAACACUCAAAAGCAGCUCACGAAUCCGCUCUUUGUAGCAAUCGGCACCUUCAUCAGCAUGGCGCUUCUGUUCAUGAUGGGCGUGCUCUUCCUGCCGAAACUGCCACAUUUCGAGCUUUUUAACGCGCGCGUAGCCGACGACGAUUUCCAGCGUUUGACUGCCUUCGUAACGAAUGCCAUAGACAAACGUAACAUAUUGGAGAACUUUAACACAGCUAGCUCUCGUACAUGACAAUGUGCAAAAUCAAUAUUAUACCCUGCAUUUUUACGCUAGUGUCAGAAAAUAUCUGCGAAUUAAUGCAUACGUUAAAAUUCAUGAGAAAAUAAUAUUUUACGACCAACCGCAGGAAAGAGAAAUUACGCGCAAUAAAAGACAUUCGAUGUAUAUAAUAAAUAAGUGAUAUUGUAAGAUGAAAAGAAGCUGAAGUAUACUAAUAUUGCGUCGGGAAUUUAAGUAUACGUGUACUAUAACGGAUAUAAAAAUGAGUACGAGAGGGAAGAGUGUCUGGACUCCGUUCAGUUACGUUACAUCCAAACGCGAUCAAUAAGGAUUAAUACAAGAGAUCGACGUUAACGAAAGAUAAUAUUUAUUUGUAGUAACAUUAUCAUAUAUUAUAUUUUAUUUAAAAAUGCGAUAAAUUUUUGUACAUAAAUAUCGAUAAUGUAGCCACGAGGGUCAUUAUCGCUAACUAGAAAUAUAUCGAUGAGAAAAUACCGUUAAAUAGUACUAUAAGUCUAUAAAUAUUGUGCUUUCUCUUAUAGUACGCGUACUAUAUUGUAAUAAAGGAAGUUGAGAUAAA